AUUGGCUCUUCCUGCUUCCUCGCUCGCUCCUUGAAGCUUCUUGCCCACCCCUCCUGCAUCUCGUUUCCUUCCCGCCCUUCUCCUCCUCCCUUCUCCUGCAGCAGUCGCUUCCUUCAUAUUCUAGUGAUCUAGAGUCUCGAUACACACAACAUAUGGCGGAAUCACCAAUGUCCUCCACGUCCUCUACGUCCUCUGUCGACUUCGAAGAAGUGCCGUUGCCGGACAGGCUCGGCUGGAAAACUUGCAAGGCCGGCUAUGCAAGGAAAGUAGCCAUGACCAAGGAGGUCUGUGACGCCUUCAGGAAUGCUUUGGAGAUGAACUUCUCCGAGUAUGCCGAGAGCGUCGAUGCUAGCGCGCGAUGGGAGUUCAAGAGGUUGGACAAGAAAGAUGAAGGAGUUCUCCCGGUCGACACCUUGUUUGAGGGUCUGAGACAUAGAAUGAGCCAAGACGAGCUGGCGGAUCUGUUCGACAACAUGCACACUGGCAGCGGGGUAGUCAGUCUGGAAGAAUUUCUGGCAGCGAAGAUGCGAUGCGUGUCUUUGUGAACGAGUGAGAGGCAUCGAAGACAUGUCAAUGAGACGCGCGAUUAUUCUUGAAGAUCGAUUCUUUCAGUUGUAAGUUAGUAGCCACCAAUCAACUCUCGAGUGAUGAAUGUUGUACAAUAAAACACAACCUGUGAAACGUG